UCUGUGAUUCUGUGAUUCAGUUCACAGCAAUGAUGUCCCUCGAUAUAUCCGACAGCUCUCAGAUCUAUGCUGCAUUCCUGGUGUACCUGGACCUCCUGGAAGGGAGAAGCUGGCAUGAAGUGAAGCAUGUUGGAUUGGCAGAACUGCAGCUCGUAUGUUUACAUGCCCGUGAAAGAGAACAGGGAGAUCUCCAAGUGAUGGUACCGAUACCUGCGGAUGUAUUAGUGAGCCAUGAGAGUUGCACCAGUGUCUGCUUCUCCCUCCCUGGAAGUGGCAAGCCUUGGAUGUCAGCUUCCUGCAGCACCCAGCUCCUUCUGUUGAACACUUUGGAUUGUUUAGAAGUUGCCUUUGUUGUUGGAGGUAAUAGUGGAUAUCAAAGCGUGUGCUGGAGAGACAAGGUCAGAAUACGAGACCUUCACAGCUUAUGUUUUGAACAUUCUUGUGCUGCAUGUUUGUAGUCUGGGAAAUCUGACAAUACCUUAAGUCACUGGGCUUUCAAGAACCAAAGAGAAACAUAAAUCCCUCUGAACCUCUCUGAAUAAACUUUUUAAUUGCUGAAUCUCAA